UGCUGUCAGAAGAAGAUUACUAUUUUAUUUUUAAUUUUUAAAAGUGAUUAAGGCGCGUGCACCGAGAGUGGAAUCCACUGCAGGUUUACUGCGCUGUCACAUCUGUGGGUCACUUUAUUUUACAACAAGUUGAUAUAAACUUCCUAAAAACCACGUGGGAAGAAGUCAGCAGUGUUCAUGUGUGACAUAUACAGCCUGGACUCUCAUUGCGUGUCUCCACGAUGCAACAUGAGUUGGGCGAUGGAGCCUGCUAACUUCUACGAGAGCGCCAAGCUGGGGGGCGCCCCGCAGCUCGGCGUCUGCAAGCCGGGCAGCAGGAGCGAGGAGGACGGCACCAUGGUGGAGCUGAGCACCGCCACCGCGGCCAUGUACGACGACGAGAGCGCCAUCGACUUCAGCCAGUACAUCGAGUCCAUGACGGCCGUGCCGAACCUGGAGCUGUGCAACGACGAGCUCUUCCUCGACCUGUUCAACAACACCGUGAAGCAGGAGAAGCUGGAUUUCUACAACAUGCAGAGCCCCGCGCCGCCGGGCGACAUGCACCAGCAGCACCAGCACCAGCACCAGCAGCACCUCCACCAGCAGCUGUCAGCCGCGUACACAGCAGCGGAGAGGAAAGCGGACGUCGGGCUGGAUAAAGGGGCGUUUUGUGCGCCCAUCAAGCAGGAGUCCGACUGGAGUGACAGCGACAUGUCCUCGUCCCUGCCCUCGCAGAUCAAGAGCUGCGCGCAGACUUCCGUCAGCCUCACGACGGGGCAGCCGACUCCCCCCACCACCCCGGAGCCUCUCUCCAGCGGCAGCUCGGCCAGAUCCUCCCCGCGGAAGGGCGGCAGGGAGAAGGGGAAGAGGGUGGACAGGUACAGCGUGGAGUAUCGACAGAGGCGAGAGAGGAACAACGUCGCGGUGAGAAAAAGCAGGGACAAAGCCAAGAGGCGCAACGUGGACAUGCAGCACAAGCUGCUCGAACUGAGCUCCGACAACGACAAGCUUCAUAAAACUAUCGAGCAGCUAACGAGAGAGCUCUCCGGGCUCAGAGAUUUCUUCAAGCAGAUGCCCAACUCUUCGUUUGCGGGCUCCGCGAGCCGGUGAUGGACUCGCGAACCUAUGGACUGAGCUAUUAGGAGACAUACCUCAACAGACAUUUCGUUUUUUACCAUCUGUACCAGAUGUAUUUUAAGCUUACCAUAAUGGCACUGGAAAAAUAUAUAUAUGAUGUUGCUGCCAUAUUUUGUGAUUUUUCUCUGUAUUAAAUUAUUUUACCACUGCAUUUACAUGAUAUACCUGAUAUGGUACAUGUUAUAUAAUUCCAAACUUUGUAUAAGAGCCAGAGCAUGAUCUUUUAUAUAGUUUGUAUGAAACCCUUGAAAACAUUUUGUUUAUGGAAUCUAUAAUAAAAUUGCUGAAAAGGUGCAGAAA